AACCUACCAAGAAAAUCAACGAAUAAAAACUUUAAAAUUGGAGUCGCUAACCUCAUCCUUUACGGUUCCGCCUUCUUGUUUUCCUGUUUUUCCUUCUGUGACAAACCUCACCAAAUCCUCUCUCUCUUCUUUCUCCGGAGUGGAAACCUCUUUGGAGCCAAAGAAGGAGGCACUGUCUUGAUCUUAGUUCAUUUCAUGGUGCACUCAAUCAAUUCUGAGUUUUCACAGAUUGUAUUCGAGGAUUGCCAGGUCUAGAUGGCCAUUAUACCUUGUGGAAUCACAUGGGUUGCCCAGUGGGGUAUUCGUCCUCAGUUCAGUGUACGAUCUUUUGUCCCAAACCGAAUAAUGACGGCCCAAUCAGGAGUAACAAGUGCAAUAAGUUAUUUGGGAUCACGGAGUUCUAGCUUCUUUUCACGUGAUUCCUUACCAUUGUUAUCCUUGGUGGGGUCAUCUCGAUCAUCACAUCGUCGUAGGGGGGCAAAGUUCAUUGUUAGAGCUGAAAGUGAUUAUUAUACUGUCCUUGGGGUUUCAAGAAAUGCAAGUAAAUCUGAAAUUAAAAGUGCUUAUCGGAAGCUUGCUCGGAAUUAUCAUCCGGAUGUGAAUAAAGAUCCAGGGGCAGAGCAGAAGUUCAAGGAAAUUAGCAAUGCAUACGAGGUCUUGUCAGAUGAUGAGAAACGACCUGUAUAUGACAAAUAUGGGGAGGCUGGACUUAAAGGUGCGGGUAUGGGAAUGGGGGAUUUUAGCAAUCCUUUUGAUCUGUUUGAGUCACUGUUUGAGGGCAUGGGUGGAAUGGGUGGCAUGGGCAUGGGCAUGGGCGGAAGAAGUUCCAUGAAUAGAGCAGUUGAUGGGCAGGAUGAAUAUUACAGUCUCUUAUUGAAUUUUAAGGAAGCAGUUUUCGGAGUUGAUAAAGAGAUUGAGAUAACACGAUUAGAAAGGUGUGGAACUUGUAAUGGGUCAGGUGCAAAACCUGGCACAAAAUCAUCCAAAUGUACUACAUGUGGUGGGCAAGGCCAGGUCGUCUCAUCUGCAAGGACUCCAUUGGGUGUCUUCCAGCAGGUAAUGACAUGCUCUUCUUGUGGUGGGACGGGGGAAAUUUCUACCCCUUGUAAUACGUGUUCUGGUGAUGGGCGUGUAAGGAGAACGAAGAGGAUCAGUUUGAAAGUUCCGGCUGGUGUGGAUACUGGUAGCCGUUUAAGGGUUCGGUCUGAAGGAAAUGCUGGAAGGAGAGGUGGGUCUCCUGGUGAUCUCUUUGUGGUUAUUGAAGUUAUCCCAGACCCUGUGCUAAAACGUGACGAUACCAACAUAUUGUAUACCUGCAAUGUGUCGUAUAUAGAUGCAAUACUGGGAACAACAAUCAAGGUUCCAACAGUGGAUGGAAUGGUGGAUUUGAAGAUACCAGCUGGGACCCAGCCAAACACCACCCUUGUAAUGGCAAAGAAAGGUGUCCCUGUUCUAAAUAAAAGCAACAUGAGGGGUGAUCAGUUGGUUCGCGUGCAAGUUGAUAUUCCAAAACGAUUGAGCAGUGAAGAGAGGAAGCUUGUUGAAGAGCUUGCCGACUUAAGCAAGGCCAAGACAACAAGCAAUAGGAGGUAGUUUUGCUGAGUUUAGGGUAUACACCAAUUAUGUGCUAUUUGCGCUGGAAAAUGUAUUCACCAAUCACCAUCCAGUGGUCGCGGCUUCCGAAGAUGGAAAUUACAGUACAUGCAGUUCUCAAAUGCUUCAACUGCUAAAGGAGAAAGCUGCUAAAUUUUGUUCUCGUUGGUAAAUUAUAUUGUGAUAAAACUUGUCUCGUCUAAAGAAAUCUCAAGGUAAACAGGGAGGUGAAACAGGAGAUGAAGAUUAGAAAUAACAUCACUCUCUUAUUUUGUUUUGUACUUUGACUGUUGUCUUUUAUUAAUUAUUCUUUUAGAUUGAACUAAAAUUUAGGCAAGAAUGUGACCCUUCCAUUUUUUCCCUUUUUUUAUGAAUUUUGAUGAAUGAAUAACGAAUUUAGUAUAUCCAAAUUAGGGACGUCAAGGGG